CAGCUUCUCCCACGAGCCACCACCCCAGUGCGAGAAAUCCCAUAAAACAUAAUCAGAGCUGACACAAGAAAGAAGACAAAGUCCAAAACAAUCAAUAAGAACCCCUCAGAAUCUUGACUGUGAAGUGUACAUUGGCCAAUUUCAAGAUGCACUCUUUUUCACCACUUUCCUCUCUUUCUUUCUUCCUGCUCUCAACAACUUUGAUUCUUUCAGCUUUUCUGGGAACCGUUGUGACCCAAGUUGGGUUUUGCUCUGCACCAUCAAUUCUUGAUGCUGAUUCAAACUCUCAGCCACUUUACUGGAAAGUUACUAACCCCACACUUUCCCCUUCUCAUCUUCAAGACUUGCCAGGUUUUACUCGUAGUGUGUAUAAGAAGUACCAUGCUCUAAUUACUCCUGAAAGUCAUGUAUUUAGCCCUCUGCCUGAUUGGACAAAUACUUUAGGCGCCUAUCUAAUUACACCAGCGAUCGGCUCACAUUUCGUCAUGUACUUGGCAAAGAUGCAAGAAAAUUCAAAAUCUGGGCUUCCUCCUAGUGAUGUUGAAAGGUUCAUAUUUGUGGUCCAGGGAAGUGCAGUUCUCACCAACAUAUCCAGGAAUGUCCGCAAACUGACAGUUGAUUCAUAUGCUUAUCUGCCUCCCAAUUUGGAUCAUGCAGUCGAAACUGAUGCAGCUGCUACUCUUGUUGUAUUUGAAAGGAGGUAUUCUGGCUUAGAAAAUCAUGUUCCUGAGCAAAUUGUUGGUUCAACAGACAAGCAACCCCUUCUUGAAACUCCUGGCGAGAUUUUUGAGCUAAGGAAGCUUCUUCCGACAUCUUUAGCUUAUGAUUUCAACGUACACAUCAUGGAUUUUCAACCAGGCGAAUUCCUUAAUGUCAAGGAAGUUCAUUAUAACCAGCAUGGUUUGCUGCUGUUGGAGGGGCAAGGUAUUUAUCGACUGGGUGAUAGCUGGUACCCAAUUCAGGCUGGCGAUGCUAUUUGGAUGGCACCAUUUGUUCCUCAGUGGUAUGCUGCGCUGGGGAAGACGCGUUCACGCUACUUGUUAUAUAAAGAUGUAAAUAGGAAUCCACUGUAGUGACAUUCGACUUUUCUGAUGGUUCAAACAGCAUUUCCACAAUGCUGAGCAAUGUCACCUUUUCUCCUCUGAACCCCCCCCCCCCCGCGCCCCCGCCCACAAAAAACAACCAAACCCACCACUUACCAUGAAUUGAAUCAUAGAUGGUGGCAUAACCUAAUGUGCAUUUUAUGAAUGCUUAGUAGAAAACAAUCAUCUGCCUUUGUCAGAAUGAGGAAAGAAAUAACUUCAAAUAUUCCCAGAUAUGUUAUUCUUGACUUCCUUGUUA